AUGGUUCUCGUCAGCAUUCGUGUAAGCCAUAUGAUUGUAAAGGCAAUGGAGGAUAGAUAUCCGAAAUGGGGAGAAGAAAAGCCGCCUGAUGAUUUAGAUAACAUGAUAGUUGACAUCCUCAGUGAUCAGCUAAACGACAAGUUUUGGGAUGUAGUGCCACUUACCAAAUGCCACAAGAGAAGAAUUCAUGAAGAAUCGCAUAUUGAUAUGCCCAUACAAAAGUUGCUUGAGGCUGUUAACAACUUGACUGGAGGAGUAGAAACCAUGGAUGUUAGUGUAGCUGAAAGGGUUAUUAAGACAUUGGAAGCUUCUGUACAAGCUCAGAUGGAUGCUAGAAUGGCUUUAUUUGAGACUGAGUUGAAGAACAAGAUGGCCAUACUAGAGGAAGACAUAAAUGUUCUUAAUGGGAAGGAUGAUGAAAAAGUUACAUCCAAUACCGGCAAAUCUAAAGAACAUGAAGAAGACGCUUGCAGCAACACAAUGUCAUGGAUGGUUCAGACAAAAAAAAGUUCAGUUGAUGGAUUACCAAUACAACGCGUCUUCAAGAAAGAGAAGAAUAAGAAGACGGUGCCAGGGAUACAAGUGAAGAUAGAAAAGCCAUUUCCUAUCCCACAGGUAAAUGACCAAUCCAUUUCCGCAGAGAGUUGGGAGGAUCAUCUACAAUGGCAGAAAAGUGCAAAUUGUAGACAGGCGUUAGAAGCAAUAGCUUCAAGUAUUGAGGUGCCUACACAUAAAAGAAAAACCCAACUGACAAAGACUCAGAUUUGGCCAUUUGUAGGGAGUUUAACAGGUAAAGCGUAUCAGUAA